ACCAUCCAUACAGGGGCUUGAAAGAGGAUUACGCUGCGACACUGCACAGUCCUCACGGGGAAUGUCCUUCAAGUUGGCAUCGCAGCGUGUCCUACAGCGGACGAAAAGUGAAAAAAGAUUCCCAUGAGAGAACCUAUCACAACCCUGCUUUCUUCAGAUACAAGCAUCCGCACCAUACAAUAUCUUCUACAAAUGACCAGUUAUGCAUUCGUUCCAAUGAGAAUAUCAGUGCCUUUAAUAAAAUACAGAAUUGUCACGUUCCGUUCAACCCUAUUGAAUGCUGGCGGAAAUCUCUAAUGAGUCAGAAUUGCCAAGUCUCACAAAUGGACAAUAAUGCAUACUUGACCAGAAAUGCUACGGUUGGUUACACUUCAAAUGGACAUAACGGCCAACAGCAACGUGACGUCCCAUCAGAUCUUCCCCCGGUGCGAGCGCCUAUCACCCAGGCAACAUGUAGAUUCCAAGGAUACCUCUCUGUUACCAUGGAGACUCCACGGCACAAUCCUUGCAUGAUCGACCUCAACACAAAUCAAUGUAAUUUUAUUAGCAGAUGUUCACGUGAUAAGUAUGGUUAUUAUCAACCUAGGAUUAACAAUUAUUUACAGGUGAAUUUGCCUGUCGAAAACACAUCGCUGGGUUGUGAGUAUACCAAGCGCCAAUAUGAAGUUGAGAACAUUAUCACUGAUAACACCUACUUGGACCUUCUAAAUGACACGUGGUAAUCCUCAAUGAUUACCAAUGCCUGGGCAUGUAUGAACAUGUAUAACAAUAGUGAUAUGUUCUUGUAAAAAAUGAAUUAACAGCAUAUUCUUGAAGACUACUACAUUGAAAAUCGUAACUAUAGUGACCACUAGGGACUACUAGGGACUACUAGGGGCAUUUUUUAUACAUCAUAUUAGUAUUUCGCAUUGUAUAUAGCGGAAUAUUUAAUGAUUAAAAUAUUUCAACUUUGAUUAUUUGAAAAAUUGCGGGAAAUUUGAAUAUUUGUGAAAUAAACACUGAUAGCAUUUUUUCCAAACUUUGCAGGGGGCCUUUAAAUGAGUCACUUGAAUGUUGACCCUAAAUAUCAUGUGUACUUGUACAUUCUUACCUUAAAAUGUGUACUAGGCUACAGUAAAAAU